UCUGUGGUCCGACUCUUUAGGCGCGUUUUCGAAGAGAGAAGCCAAGCCUUUUCUUUUCGGUUUCGGAAGCGUCGUAUCAGCAAACGCUUUAUAUUAUCCGCCGCCAUUGUGCUUACUCAUAUAUCUAAUUUUUAAGUGAUUCUUUAUUGACGUACACAAUGAGUCGGCGAUCUGAAACCACGACGAAGGUGUUUGUUGGGAGUUUGCCUCCCCAAGCAACAACUGAUGAUCUCAGAAAACUUUUUGAAAAUUAUGGCGCCAUCGCUGAAUGUGACAUCGCUAAUAGAUGUGGAUUUUUACAUUUGGAAGAUGCCGAUUUAGCCAUGAAAGCUAUUCAAGAUUUGAAUGGUACUGAUUUCAUGGGGGGAAAGAUUUCUGUAGAAAAAGGCAGAGUAAAACCAAGAGGCUUUGGCCGUGGUGGUAGAGGAGGCGGUGGGCCAAUGCGUGGAGGUCGUGGAGGUGACCGAGGUGGCCCUUACUCAAGGGGUGGAGAUUUCCGUGGAGGCCCUAGAAAUGGUUAUGGUGGUGGACGCGAUUUUGGAUCAUACGGCGGUGGUGGUGACAGAUACGGUGGAGGCGGUUAUGAUAGACCUCCAAGAGAUUUUGGACCUGGUGGUGGCUUUGGAGGAGGAAGAGGCGGUUUUGCUGGAGGAGACAGGCGACCCUUCAAUAACAGCUUCGGAGAUCGUGGAUCCCGGUCAUUUGGUGAAGAAAGAGGAGGAGGCGGCUUUGAAGACAGAAGAGGAGGUUUUGAAGAUAGACGACCACCCAUGGGGGGUGAUAGAAGACCUCCAAUGAUGGAUCAACCUGGUCCAGGUGGUCCACGUGGAGGUGCUUCAGGAGGCUUUGACAGAACGGGAGAUUUAUAUAGCAGAAGGGAUAAUGGACCCAAGGGUGGAGAUUAUAAUGGUGGUCCAAAUGGUUACAGUAAUGGAGGAUACGGAGGUGGUCCCGGCGCCGGUGGUUUUGGUGGCGGUGAUCGUUACGGAGGCGGUCAAGCUGGUGGAUACGGAGGCGAUAGAGGAAACUACGGUGGUGGUGGCUAUGGAGACUCCUACAAUAACGGUCCCAGAGGUGGUGGAGGCGGUGGAGGUUCAUAUGACAGUGCUUACCCACCAUUACCACAACAACGAGGAGGCUUUGGAAGCGGUGGUGCCGGUGGACCACGUAUGUCGGCGGGCCCAGGUGGACGCAAGUUUUAAUUUCAACAGAACAAAGACGCUCGGUUGGCCAAUGCGCUGACAUAAAUAAACUCCAGCCCAAAAUGUUGGGUUUAUUUUCUGUACAUUGAGUUAUAAGUGUUUUAUUGAUAGUAAUGAAAGUGAUGGGGACUUUUAAAUUAUACUUUUGCGAGAUCCAGUUCAAAAUAUAAUCAUAAUUCCAAUUUUCCUAUGAGAAAAUUUUGUCUUUUCGGUAUUUCUCAUAUUUUCUUCCCCUCUUAGUUUCUAAGUUGAUAUUUAGAAUUUGUUUUUAUAGAAACAAAUUUUCCAAUAGAUAUUUUCUGAAAUCAGGACGUGUUUGUUUUUUUUUUAACGUGUUCUUAAAAUGAAAGAUGUAUGUAUAGAAAUAAAUGGAACAUUUAGAUAUAAA